AUGAAUCAAUUCAUACAAGCCACGACCAACCGUGCACAAUCGAACUUCUUAGGAUUUUCUCAAUUACUUUAUAUCAUGAGCGGUGGCAAAAAAGCAUUAGUAUUUGUGGCCAAUGGUUCAGAAGACAUUGAAGUUGUCGCUACAGUUGAUAUUCUACGGCGAGGUGGUGUCGAUGUUAAAUUAUGUAGUGUCGAAAAGAACGAUGAAAAGCCGUUAACAUGUGCUAACAAUAUUCAAAUUGUACCUGAUUUACAUAUAGACGAUGUCCAAGGGCAAGAAUUUGAUGCAGUAAUUGUACCGGGUGGCAGUAAAGGUACCGAUAAAAUUACAGCAUGUAAAAAGGCCGGUGUUAUUCUUCUCGAUCAUUAUAAAGCAAAUAAAAUCGUUGCUGCCAUAUGUGCGGGCCCCAUUGCACUGAGCGCACAUUUGUGUACGGCAGAGAAAAAUGCUCGUCGACAUGAUGUCACCUGUUAUCCUGAGGUGGCGAAAUUACUUCAGAACCAAUUUAAAUCCGUGAAAUUAGAUCAGUCAGUCGUCGACAGCGAAGUGAAUCAUCGUCGUUUAAUUACGAGUCAAGGACCCGCGACGGCAAUCGAAUUCAGUUUAAAAAUUUUAUCACGUUUAACUAACGAGAAGAAAGCUGAAGAAAUUCGAACCAAAAUAUGUCUUCUAAAUGACGUUCCUUCACUUGUGAAGUACUUGAAUAAUCCAAAUAUCUAUGCAAAUACAUUGCGUGUGCCUUAUCCAUACACGGCAAAAGAUGGAGAAGAUUAUAUGAAAAUAGUCAAUGAAUCCAAAAAAGAUAUUGAUCACUUUUUUACAAUUCGUCUAAAAGUGAACGAUGAAAUGAUAGGAUCGUGUGGUAUUCAUGGCUCUGAAUCAAAUAGAAGAGUGGCCGAGAUUGGAUAUUGGUUAGCUGAACCGUAUUGGCGUCGUGGUAUCGCAUCAGCUGUAGUGAAAAAGGUUCUUGAAAUAAUAAGAUUUUUCGUUCCAGCAACAAACUCCAAUGUUUUUCUACACUCGAGUCCACGUUGUGGUAAUAUGCUGUUUGUUGAAGAAGGAGAUCGACGCAAUCGCUUAGCAUGUAAUACUUGCCCAUACAUAUGUAAUAUAGAAACGAAAAUCACCGAUCGACAAUACACACGUUUGAAACCAGUCGAUGACGUUCUUGGAGGUGCAGCGGCUUGGGAGAACGUUGACAAAACGGAAGUAACCUGUCCCAAAUGUGCGCAUACGCAAGCAUAUUUCAUGCAGUUGCAAACUCGUUCAGCUGAUGAGCCGAUGACAACAUUUUAUAAGUGUGUGCAAUGUGGUCAUCGUUGGAAUGAUUAA